AUGCGGGGGGAGCAGGGGCGCCGUAUCCUGGGGGUGCUGCUGCUGGCUGGGGCGGCGGGGGUAGCGGCUGCGGGCCGGGCGGCUUCCCGGGGCGUGGCGGAGCGGGCGCUGUUCACAGCCCGGUGCUCCUCCCGGUGCCUCGCCCUGCACAUCACCCACUUCGGACCGGCCUUCCCAACUCUGCAGAACAAUGAGAUUCUGACCUGGUGCAGUAACAACCGAAGAUGUUCUCAGUGUCUGAAGCCAUGCAGAGCUGUGGGGGAUGCCCUGAAAAUACAAUGUUGGGAGUUAUGUGCGGUAAUUCUGUCCUUUCUCCUUUCCACCGACCUCUGGAUGGGGAGUUUUUCUGUCUUUGGGAAUUAUAGCUGCUGGACUCAACACGAGUGCCUGACCAGCUGCCAGUUCUUGAGGACCCUGCAGACCGUUAAGCAAGGAGAUUGCCCGCCCUCAGCCAGGGCGUCCGGCUUUGCUGCCGCCUGUGUGCAGAGCUGCAGCGUGGAUCGUGAAUGUCCAGGGAGUAGGAAAUGCUGCUCCAAUGCUUGCGGGCACACCUGCCAGGCCCCAGACAACAUGAACAGAGGUAAAAACUGGCACUCCAGAGCCUGUCGGGACUUUGCACAGAUGCCUAGGGGAGGGCAGGGGCAAAAUGCCAAUGAUACCAUGGUAGAGGCAGAGCUUGGGAGCCAAGGAGGAUGGGCAUGGAUGGGCAAGAGGGACUUCAAGGGGAGCAGGAUGAGGAGGGGGAAGCAGAGGAGGGGUCCUAGUCCCCAGGCUCGCCAACUGAAAGGGGCUCACAUACUGAUUCUUUCUCUCCUGUUCCCCUCCCAUCCACCAUCCCCAUCUGCAGUUCCUUUACCUCCAAGGUCCCCCCAGAAUCUCAGAAAAGGCAACAUCACCACCAGCCGUACUGGGACUCACAGCAUUGUCAUUUCCUGGGAUCCCCCUCCUGAAGGGCUUCUAGCUGUUCAUCACUACAGGGUCCUCUGGAGGCCCUGGACACCAGGAGCACAUGAGCCUUCUCCUAAGCUGAGGAGCCAGAGAGUCACAAGGGCCAAACCUGAAGUGCAACUGCAUGGACUGGGGGCCGGCACUGCCUACCAGGUACAAGUGCAGACCGUCACCUUUUGGGGCCAGAAACGCCUCAAGAGCGCCAAGUCCCACCUGCUCCUUGUCAUGCCAGCCAGAGUUUCCAAAGUGGAAGUGGUGGAGCGGCGCCUUGGCCGAGGUUCUGGGGCACGCUCCAUGGGGGGCACAGAGGCUCACCUGGAAGGAACCUGGGUGACCAUGCAGUCCAAGCGAAGACUCCCUGUUAGACCGCCUCUGGCCCAGGGGCAGCCAGACGGUUUGAAGACGCGGGGCCGCAGUCCCACCCCCUCCAGGGGCAGCCCCUUCUGGAAGGCUCUCGUUUCAGGAGCCAAGUAG